GGGCUGGAGGCCCGGGGCGCACCGCCCCCAGCCGCUGCCGCAGCCGUCGCCGUCGCGGUUCCUCACAGCCGGAGCCGGACAUCAUGAGACAAGAAUAGUAAUCUUUUCCCCUGUUUUCACAAUGGAGGACUCGGGAAAGACUUUCAGCUCCGAGGAGGAAGAAGCUAACUAUUGGAAAAACCUGGCUAUGACCUACAAGCAGAGGGCAGAGAACACGCAAGAGGAACUCCGAGAAUUCCAGGAGGGAAGCCGAGAAUAUGAAGCUGAAUUGGAGACGCAGCUGCAACAAAUUGAAACCAGGAACAGGGACCUGCUGUCAGAAAACAACCGCCUUCGCAUGGAGCUGGAAACCAUCAAGGAGAAGUUUGAAACGCAGCAUUCUGAAGGCUACCGGCAGAUCUCAGCCUUAGAGGAUGACCUUGCCCAGACAAAAGCCAUUAAAGAUCAACUUCAGAAAUACAUCAGAGAGCUGGAGCAAGCCAAUGAUGACCUGGAAAGAGCCAAACGGGCCACGAUCAUGUCUCUUGAGGACUUUGAACAGCGCUUGAAUCAAGCCAUUGAAAGAAAUGCCUUCCUGGAGAGCGAACUGGACGAGAAGGAGAAUCUCCUAGAAUCUGUUCAGCGACUGAAGGAUGAAGCCAGAGAUUUGCGGCAAGAAUUGGCUGUGCAGCAAAAGCAGGAGAAACCCAGGACCCCCAUGCCCAGCUCUGUGGAAGCUGAAAGGACAGACACAGCUGUACAGGCCACUGGUUCCGUGCCAUCCACCCCCAUAGCUCAUCGAGGACCCAGCUCUAGCUUAAACACACCUGGGACAUUCAGACGUGGUCUGGACGACUCCACUGGGGGGACCCCCCUCACGCCAGCGGCCCGGAUAUCUGCCCUCAACAUUGUGGGAGACCUGCUGCGGAAAGUGGGGGCUCUGGAGUCCAAACUUGCUUCCUGCCGGAACUUCGUGUAUGAUCAGUCCCCAAACCGACCCAGUGGCCCAGCCUCAGGGUGGGGGAGCAAGAACAGAGACGGCGGCGACAGACGGCCAGGCAGCACCAGCGUGCCUCUGGGUGACAAAGGGAGAGAAAAUUGAGACCCAGUGAGACACUGCUCCCGACCUUGAUAUUCACUCUUAUAACUUUGUGGGGCCCCGUGCUAGCCAGUCUAUAGCAGCUGUAAUGUCCGCCUAAUUUGGUUUGCUCUGUCUGAAGGUUGGGAAAACGCCUGGAAUUUGGGAAGUCGCCUUCAAAUAUUUCCUCACCAUCGCUGCCGUCAGCCCAGGGUGUAGUCAAGAUGUUGCUUUAGGAAAUCCACGGAAGCCAAGGUCCCGGUGUCUGUGCAGGAGUCAUUUUAUCCUCCUUCCCUCUUUAAACUAGGUUUUUGUUUUUUUUUAAGUUAGUUUGAGAUAUACGAGCAAGCAGUCGCACUAGCCAGUGACGGUGGGGAGUGGGGAUCGCCUGUGGCCCCGGGUGGUCGUCCCCAGGAAAUGCCAUCUCAUAACCCCUGGCCUCCUUGUCGGGGUGUUGCCAAUGGACAGGGACAAAGCGGACCCUCUGGAAAUGGCGACGUGGGUGCUGAGGCUGCUCCAUCAUUUUCAGCAGACCUGAGUCCUGAUUGGUCUUGAGAGGUGUUUUUCAUGACCGGGGACACCUAUAAAGUGGGGUCUGAGCCCAUCUCAGGCUCACUCCGGCCCCCACUUUGCUGGAGCUUCUUCCAGAACAAAAUCUCCAGUGCUCUUUGGCACAGCAGGGAUCAGUGCACUGAAAUCACAUCUAGGGGUGAAGAACAGAACAGGCAUGUACCUUUUAUUUAAACUGUGGUGUGGUGUACCUCUGAGACGUUUUAAUCUGCCUCUCACUGAGUCUUUUAGAGGCAUGCUUGAGUUUCAGAGUACGUUUUGUGGGACCAGGUCAGUGGAAACUCUGUGUCCUCUUUAGACCAAUCCUGGCUGUAAGUUGUCCUGAGCCCCUCUGUCCUGGCCUGGGGGUGACCUCUGCUUCAGGACCCUUAGGGUCUCUGGGGUGUGAUGGCCCCUAAGAACAGGACUUCAUUCAAAGCCUUGGUGAAAUAAUUGGGGUGACCUUCGGAUAAGAUUAAACCACCAAGACUGUCGGUGGGAGGUUCCUUACUAAAGAAGAAACGAACCCAGGAUUUCCACACAGAUGGCGUGCAGCUCAUCCCUGCUGGUUGUGAACGGCAGUCUCACAAUUUGGACGCAAGUAAAAAGAACACAUGAAUUCCAGCGCGUGCGUGCAGCUUAACGGCCUUCUGUUACUAAGUUAUUUUUCCAAAAGAACAGCAAAAAUAUCCUUGAGUUGAAAACAGAACUUUUCAAAUGCUACUGAAAUUCAGCAGAGAAUUAAACUUGAGUGCCCACUUCGUUGCCCUGGCAACAUUCUAACCUAUAUCGGUAAAAGAUGUACUUCUAUUUUUUUAAAAGAACAAUAAAAUCAAGAGAAACUGA